AUUUUUAUCGACUGAAAAUUUUGGCUCGUAGCAAAUCGACAAUUACCAAAUUGCUGUUGGCGAGAUUGAAAUUACGAAAAAAAUAAUUCAAGAAGUGAGAGCGAAGCACGAAAAAAGGCUCAACAAAAUCUCCCAAGAUCCAAGGGCUGUGGAAUUGAUUCGACUCAAGAGACGACCCAUUCACGAUCGUUUGGAAUCUUCGAUAAUCGAGAAAUAUGCUCUUCUCGAUUCAGACGAUCUAUUGCCGAACGAAGAGAAAAGGAAAGUCGAUUUUCGCAUGAACGAUUCGGCGAGAAAACGUUGGACGGAAAAUAUCUCUAUCAGGAGCGACGACAGUUUGUUCAAAGUACCCGAAAUAUCAGUGAAAUCGGUUGAAACGAUCGAAGAGAUUUUUCAUCCGAAAAAAAAAUUGAAAAACGAUGAAAUUUCGGUGCAGUCAACCCAUAAUGGACUAAAUAAAUCAAACAUACGAAGGAGCAUAAUAAAAACUGAGGCACAAAAAGUUAUCCUUGUUGCUCGACCUCUGACAGUAGAAUUCAAAAAUUUUUUACCUCAUCGAGUUUACCGAAAAUCAAUCGUGAUAAAGAACGUGAGCAAAAAAGUGGCGAAAUUUCAACUGGUCCCAUUGACGGCGAGGACAAAAUUUUCGAUAAACCUUCAAUCGAGAUCGGGAGAUCGUGAGAAUCUUGCACCAGGAAUUCGUCUGAGAUUACUAGUAACUUUUUCCAGCGACGAUUCGGACGAUUACGAGGAGCGAGUAGUCGUCAGAGUACAAUCAGGAAAGGACGCGGUCAUUUAUUUACGAGCUCACAGAGAGUCGCCGAUAUUAAGGGGAACGAGUUAUCGGUUGAUGAUUUACGAGAAACUGUGCAACGGCGGAAAAGAGAAUUUUGAUAAAUUCUCGUUGAUCGAGGUUAACGGAUCCUGUGAGAACUCCUCUGAAAAUUCAUGGAAUUUCAGCGAGCGAUCGACCUCGGUUUACAGUAGCGAAACCGUAAGGCAACUGGAAACAAUUAUAAUUCAAUCUUCUCCGUUCAUCUCUAUUUGGCGAAACAUCCGGGAAUACAGAAAUGAUAUUUCUGGGGAAGAAAAAUUGCCAAAUGCUUGCGGUCAUCUCUCGUUCGCACAGUUCGAGUGUAGCAAAUGUUUCGUCGGCGAGCAAAUAAUUAUAAUGACAAAAUUAAAAAACUUUGGCGGAGCUGGAAAGUUUUUUGUUAUGAGUGAAAUCGACUGGAAUUCCAUGAGCAUCGAUGACGUGUCCAGUGAGAACUUGAUAAUUCUGGAUUGCUUCGCCAUGUGGCCUGCUUAUUUUUCUCUAAAGAGGAACGAGGAAAUCCAUGUAAUAACAUAUUUUUUUCCCAAGUCUCGGGGAGUUCAGGUGGGAUUUUUUUAUAUGAACACGUCACGAAGAAAUUGCAAGUGGUAUAAUAGGUGGACAAAUAUUUAUAAUUAUAACUCUGCUUACACGCGUCAGGUUGACAAGCUCUACGUGAUAUGCGAUAAUCUUGCGAUCCACCCAAUCGAAUUGCUAGGAGACGGCAUCAUGUACGAUCCGAAUUUAAUCAAAAUUGAUAAAGUACGUACUCUCGAUGAAUCAACAUUUUUUAUCAUUAUUAUCCUAGAUUUGCACGAAUCGUUUAGGGUUUAG